AUGCCUUUUGGACUCAAGAAUGCAGGUGCUACAUACAUGAGAGCUAUGACAACUAUUUUUCAUGACAUGAUCCAUAAAGAGAUUGAGGUCUAUGUGGACGAUGUCAUCAUCAAGUCACGAAAGAGUUCAGAUCACUUGGUAGACCUGAAGAAGUUCUUUGAUAGGUUGCGGCGGUACAAUUUGAAGCUGAAUCCCACAAAGUGUGCGUUCGGAGUUCCAGCUGGAAAAUUAUUAGGUUUCAUUGUCAGUAGAAGGGGCAUAGAGUUGGAUCCUUCAAAGAUAAAGGCUAUCCAAGACCUGGCACCUCCAAAGAAUCGAAAGGACGUGAUGAGCUUCCUUGGUCGCCUUAACUAUAUCAGCCGUUUCAUAGCCCAAUCAACAAUGAUUUGUGAACCAAUAUUCAAGAUGUUGAGGAAAGAUGCCACUACCAAAUGGAUAGAGGAAUGUCAACGAGUUUUUGAUAGGAUCAAGGAAUAUUUAUCAAAUCCACCGGUGCUGGUACCUCCGGAACCUGGAAGGCCGUUGUUGUUAUACAUGUCCGUAUCAGAUAAUGCAUUUGGAUGUGUUUUGGGUCAGCAUGAUGAAACUGGGAGGAAAGAGCAAGCCAUAUAUUACUUGAGCAAGAAGUUCACACCGUAUGAAGCACAGAUGGAUCCGCUCAAGUACAUCUUUCAGAAACCUAUGCCUACAGGAAAGCUUGCAAAGUGGCAGAUUUUGCUAAUUGAGUUUGACAUCGUGUAUGUUACUCAGAAGGCCAUCAAAGGACAAGCGUUAGCUGACCACCUUGCAGAAAAUCCUGUGGAUGAAGAAUACAAGCCACUUAGGACGUACUUCCCAGAUGAAGAAGUAUUAUUUGCUGGAGAAGACAUUUCAGAAGCAUAUUCAGGUUGGAGAAUGUUCUUUGACGGAGCCGCAAACUUCAAAGGAGUCGGAGUUGGAGCAGUAUUAGUUUCAGAAUCUGGACAACAUUAUCCAAUCUCAGCGAAACUUCGGUUUCCGUGCACCAACAACAUGGCAGAAUAUGAGGCUUGUAUACUUGGGCUCAGAAUGGUCGUUGAUAUGAACAUCCAAGAGUUAUUGGUUAUAGGUGAUUCAGACUUGCUGAUUCAUCAAGUACAAGGCGAAUGGAAUACAAAGAAUACGAAAAUCCUACCGUACUUACAUUGUGUAAAGGAGUUGUGUAAGAAGUUUAUCAAGGUGGACUUCAAGCAUGUUCCAAGAGUUCAAAAUGAGUUCGCAGAUGCUUUGGCAACUUUGUCUUCCAUGAUUCAACAUCCAGAUAAGAACUACAUAGACCCCAUCAAGGUGAAUGUGCAGGAUCAACCAGCUUAUUGUUUCCAUGUGGAUGAAGAGCCAGACGGAGAACCAUGGUAUUAUGACAUUAAUAGGUAUCUCAAAACAAGGGAUUACCCUGAAGGAGAAACCAGUACCCAGAAGAGAACACUUAGGAGAUUGGCAAAUCACUUUUUCCUAAACGGAAAAAUCCUAUAUAGGAGGACCCCAUAUUUAGGACUAUUGAGGUGUAUAGAUGCCAGGGAAGCAACCAAGUUGAUUGAAGAAAUACAUGCAGGAACAUGUGGGCCUCACAUGAAUGGGUUUACUUUGGCAAAGAAAAUUUUGCGAGCAGCUUGGGGCAUGGAUGUCAUCGGCCCUAUUGAGCCGGCCACCUCGAAUGGGCAUAGAUUUAUCUUGGUAGCUAUUGAUUACUUUACAAAGUGGGUAGAAGCCUCUUCUUACAAGUCAGUUACAAAGAAGGUGGUAGCAGAUUUUGUCCACAACAAUAUCGUUUGCCGAUUUGGAAUUCCUCAGUCAAUCAUUACAGAUAAUGGAGCCAAUCUCAAUAGCAUUGGCAUGAGAAGCUACCGUUUGCUCUCCUUGGAUAUCGCACUACAGUCAGGACAUCAACUGGGGCAACGCCUUAUCUUCUGGUCUAUGGAACUGAAGCCGUAUUACCAGCGGAAGUUGAAAGUACCAUCUUUGAGG